GACAUCGAUUUGCCAUUUCAAUACUCUACUAGUGACACUGAGUCGACAUUUCAGUGUCCAGUCACAGGAGCGCUCCUAAACCAACAGUUUCUUUGCGAUCGUAUUCAAGUAGCUUGUUAAAAAUUACCAAACUUAGCGAGGGCUUGGAAUGCUGACCCAGAAGUAAACUCUAAGGAGCUCGCCUUCCUUCGCACGAGAGGCUCGCCAUGGCGCAACCACAGCGGCCUUACGAUGCUCUCUAUGACCCCAACUUCACGGUGGCGGGUCCGCGGGACCAUUAUCGUCAGCAAACAAUGGCUGGGGGCUUCAACAUUGAGCGUGCUCCGGUGUACAACAAUUUCUUCUCGGAGCUGCCUCACCACCCGCCGUCGACUUUAAGGCUGAAGAAUGCAGACCGCGUUCCGGCUUUCGUGGACCGCAACUACCGGCCGGCCGCCAAUGACCCCAACGACACGCGCCAGCGCUCCGACGCGCUGGCGGUGUCCGGCCCGAACCGGCCAAAGUACUUCCGCCGGCCCAUGCUGGCGGCCGCCGAGAUCCACAUCAAACAGGCGCCGCCAUCGCAGCUGCCGCCGCUGCCCUCGCAUCAGGACCUGAACGCCACCGCGCCGGCAGCCAUGGGGGGCGCGGGUGGGCUGGGCGAGCCCCGCAGCAAGACGAUUGGCACGCAGAGUGACUACCGCGAGAACGAGGCGCAGACGGCGCCAUGGGAGCCGGGGUACGUGCUGCCGGCGCCGGGGGCGCUGACGGCCAAGCAGGCGGCGCUGAUGCGGCGCUACCACACGGAUGUGCCGGAGGUGCUGCAGCUCAAGGACCUGGCCUUCCCGGACGGACUGCCGGCGGGGCUGCAGGAGGUGACGCGCAUCGACAAGAUGCGCGCCAAGCGCGCGUUCGAGGCCAGCCUGCCGCCCAUCGACGACGUGGCCCGGCUGCCGCUGCGUCAGAGGAUGAUUGAGGAGUGGGAGGCCAAGGAGUGGGAGGAGCGCGAGCAGGAAAUCCUGUCCAUCCAGGACAAGCGCCUGGAGCUGCUGGACAACGCGCUGCAGGUGCGCGAGGAGGAGCUGGACGACGAGAACCGGCUGCGGGUGGAGGCGCGCAAGGAGGCGAUGCUGGCGGGCCGCGCCGGCAAGUUCGCGGACGUGCAGGCCACGCGCAUCAAGACCAUGCGGCAGCUGAUUGAGAACCGCAAGUAUGUGGAGAAGCACCGCAAGCUGCACAAGCCCACCAUUGUGGAGCGCUACGCCAACUACGGCAGCGGCACGUACGCACCGCUGCAGCGCGAGGGCCGCUUCCCGGAGAGCAAGCCGCUAGGGAAGGAGAUCGAGACGGAGGGCUACGCGCCCGUCACGCUCAAGGGCGUGGUGGACCUGGAGUCCUUCCUGCCCUCGCGUCUGCUCAACCCGCGCGUGGCGGCGCCGCAGAAGCCCGCGCGCCUGGACUACCACCAGCGCAAGGAGGCGGCGGUGCAGCGCGACCUCAAAGCCAUCAAUGACCUGCUCGACACGGCCAAGGGCACUGCCGGCCGCGGCUUCGGCGACUGCUGGCCCGCGCCCCUGCAGGACGACGGCGGCGCGGGCAUGGGCAACGGCACGCUGGGCCGCGCCACAAGCACUGUGGGCAAGGGCACGCUCGGAGCCGGCGGCAGCGCCGGCGGCGCGGCCCCCGGCGGCGCCUCCAUGGCGCUACUUGGCGGCCCCAGCACCGCGGCUGCCAGCGCGAUGGGCCCGCUCGCCAGCGGCGUGUCGGGCUCGCCGUCGCGGCGCGUGGUGCGUGCGAUUGAGCGGCCGCCCACGCCCGAGCUGCCGCAGCCGCCGGCGGUGACGGCGCCGCAGCACGCGGCGGUGGUGCUGCUGCAGCGGCUGCUGCGCGGCCGCGCGGCGCAGAACAUCAUGUACGAGGGCCGGGUGCGGCGGCAGGAGCUGAUUGACGAGCUGCGGCUCGAGGAGGUGGUCAGCGCCGACGGCACCAAGAUCGACGGCCAGCCCAUCCGGCGGCCCGAGCACCGCGACACUGCCACGCUGCGCAUCGACGCGCUGGUGGGCAGCGCGGUGGCGGAGGUGGCGGCCAUCCUGGCGGAGACCGACCCCGAGCGCCGCGAGACGCUGCUGGCGGGGCUGGAUGUGUCACGCGCGCACGCCACAGCCGCCGCCGUCGCGGCCGCCGCCGCCGACAUCAACGCCUCCGCCCGGGCUGAGGCGGAGGAGGCGGCCGCGACCGCCAUGGCGGAGGCGGCGGCAGCCGCGGCAGCUGCAGCGGCAGCAGCAGCGGCCGCUGAGGACGGCGGCGCCGAAGGCGCCGCCGAGUCCGCGGCUGAGGCCGCGGCGGCGGCGGAAGCCGCCGCCUCCGCCGCAGAGGAGGCGUACGCGGGCGCGGUGGCUGCGGCUGCGGCACCGGCGCGCGCGGCGGCGCUGAACCUGGAGGCGCUGGGCAUCAGCCCGGAGGAGGCGGAGGAGGCGGCGGUGCGCAUCCAGGCCGCCUUCAAGGGCCACAAGGCGCGCAAGGAGGUGGCGGCCAUGCGCGCCCGCGGCGAGAUGCUGCGCAACAUCAUGGCCAACGGCGACGAGGCCAAGGUGGUCACCUGCCAGGCCGCCAUCCGCGGCCACCUGGCGCGCAAGCGCGUGCGCCAGCUGCGCGCAAGCCAGGCCGGCAACGAGGGCUUCGCGGGCGCGCCGUCGGCCUCGCCAGAGCCCGCGGCGCCGCUGCCCGCCCUGGCCGAGAACCAGGACCAGCAGGAGCCGCAGCCGCAGCCGCAGCCGUCGUCCUCCUCGGGCGCCCUGGACCUGGCUGACUACGACGACCACCACGUGGCCGCAGUCACGCGCAUCCAGGCGGCGCAGCGCGGCCGCAUCGCGCGCAAGCGGGCCGCCGCCAUGCGCACCGAGCUGGAGGAGCAGCUCGCCACGGCGGCCGCGCUGGUCGCCACAAGCGCCGCCAGCGAGGGCACGCGGCUGGCCAGCGGCCGCUCUGAGCCCAACAGCGAGGGGCGCAGCGACGGCGGCAGCGCCCGCGGCGGCGCCUCGCGCGCGCCGCCGCCCACUGCGGCCGUGAACCCCGACGCGUUCCAGGACCAGUACACGGCGGAGCAGGAGGCGGCGGUGAUUAAAAUCCAGGCCUUUGGCCGUGGCAUGAUCGCGCGCAAGCGCGUCGGCCGGCUAAAGGGCCGCAGCAGCGAGGAGGGCGCCGGUGACGUGCUGGUGGUGGCACCGGAGCCUUCGGCCAACUUCGGUGGACAGGGCGAGGCGGCGGCGGAGGCGUCCGCGGCGGAGGCGCAGCAGCAGGAGGAGCAGGAGCUGUGGCCCAGUGUCAAGGCGCUGCCGGGCGUGGCGCAGGCGGUGGCAGCGCGGAUGGCGCAUGAGCCGACGCUGACGGAGGUCCGGCCAGAGGGCGAGGCGGCGGCUGCGGCUGAGGGUGAGGGCGAGGGCGUUGAGCAGAGCGAGGCUGGGCCAGCGCCGGAGGUCGAGGCCGACUUGGAGCCGGAGGCACAAGAGGAGGGGGCGGAGGGCGAGCCGCAGCCUGAGGGCGAAGGCGCGCCCGCGGACCCCGCGGCAGAGGCGGAGUUCAGUCUGGCAGGUGGCGGCUUCGCCGAGGGCGACGGCGGCGCGGCUGCCCAGGGCGAGGCGUCUGCAGCCAUGCUGGGUGGAGAGCCGUCGCUGGCGGUGGGCGGUAGCCGCGAGGGCGAGCAGCAGCUGGAGGCCGAUGCCGAGGCGGAGGCGGAAGCGGAAGCGGAAGCGGAGGCGGGCGCCGAGGCGGAGGCAAGCGCCCAGGCGGGUGCUGAGGCGGAGGCGGAGGCGGGCGUGGAGGCGGAGGCGGAGGCAAGCGCUGGGGCAGAAGCAAGCGUUGGGGCAGGGGCUGAGGGGGACGCCGAAGCGGAGACGGAGGCAGGGGCCCAGGCAGAACCAGGUCCUGAGGCGGAGGCAGAGGCGGAGGCGGGUGCUGAGGCAGAGGCGGAAAAUGGCGCUGAGGCGGAGGCACGGUUAGGCGGCGAGGAGGAGGGCUUCCGGGAAGGCGAGGGGCAGGGCGGGGCCGCGGCGGGUGAGGCCGGGCCAGGAGGUGAGCUUGCAGAGGGCGAAGGUGAAGCCGGCGAGGGCGAGGCGGCGGAGUAAUUGAUGAUUGGCGAUGGAGGCAUGCUUUGCUGAUGGUCGUAAUUGUACUGUUCGGUUUGCGUGGGUGCACUUCUCAACCAGAGGCCGCGUGUUAAGAUCAAUGCUGGAUAAGGAGCAUGCGCGGCAUGUGAACUAGACAGGGUAUUGUGCAGAGCAGGAGUGCCCAAAACUGGUUACAAUCAGGUAUGGCACGUGGGUAUGGCACCUGCGUGGGCUAAAGGGCUAACGGCCGCAGAGGCAGACACCGGUCCUGUAACGUGUUUCCACGGAUUGUAUGGACGCCCCUGCGGAGCCGAAGGGUUCAAGGCCGACAGUGGGGUCCUGUUUUGUGACGUGCGGCCGUGCACGAUUCGUUGCUUAUGAGGAUGACCCCCCCGCCUUCUUAGACUCUGAUGUCGCCUGCCAAUACACUGAUGCAUGCUGUAGGCAAGGCGGCGGGUGUACUGGA